AUGCUGUCAGUAUGGCGGUUGGGGUGCUGCAGGGGCCCCCGGCCGGGGCUGCUUCGGGCUCAGUGUGCGUCUUGGGGUUCCCGUGGGUACAGGAGCCGGGGCCCAGAAACGGGAUGGAGGAAGCGGAACAAAACCGUCCUGACCUAUGUCACCGCCGCCGCUGUGGGCAUGGUGGGGAUGUCCUACGCCGCUGUACCCCUCUACCGGCUCUACUGCCAGUCUACAGGUCUUGGUGGAACAGCAGUGGCUGGACACAACUCAGACCAGAUUGAGUCUAUGGAGCCUGUGAAGGAUCGGGUCAUUAGAGUCACGUUUAAUGCAGAUGUACAUGCCAGUCUGCACUGGAACUUUCGACCUCAGCAGUCUGAGAUCUAUUUGGUCCCAGGUGAAACUGCAUUAGCAUUUUAUAAAGCAAGAAACUCCACAGAUAAGCCAGUCAUUGGAAUUUCCACAUACAAUGUCAUCCCCUAUGAAGCUGGACAAUAUUUUAACAAAAUUCAGUGCUUCUGCUUUGAAGAGCAGAGAUUAAACCCCCAUGAAGAAGUGGACAUGCCUGUUUUCUUCUACAUUGACCCAGAGUUUGCCGAAGACCCCAGGAUGGGAGGAGUGGAAAAUAUUACAUUAUCAUAUACAUUUUUUGAAGCCAAAGAGGGACACAAACUGCCAGUUCCAGGAUAUAACUGA